AUGUGCCCCCUGGUGCUUCACAGCUGUGUCUUGCACUGUGUUUUGUCUCUUGGGGAACAGCAGCAUCUGCUUUGCUAUGAAAACUCUAGAAAUGUGCACAGAUGGAUGUGUAUGGAGACUUACGAGCAUUCACAAGCUGGAUGGAGUGAAUCACGGGGCUGCCUGGCAAAACCACUGUUUGGUGAGGGAUUGGAUCUGGAUGUAACAAACAUGCCUCUUCACAAUCACACCGUGAAAGAGGCCUGGACACAGGACAGGAUUCAAGAAGAUGAGGAUUCUGCUUUGGGCCUGCAGCAGGAGGUUCAGAAGCCAAAAAAGAAGAAGGAAGAGGCCAAUGGCACAGCAGAAGACAAGACGAAUGGAACUGAAGCCAAGCCCAAAAAAACAAAGACCAAGAAAAAUGAAGAUGCUUCUGAAGAGGACAGCUUAGCCGUCCAGAACGGAAAGAAGGUGAAGAAAAAGAAACCAGAAAAAGAUAAGGACGAACCAGAAAAGGAGAAAGCAAAAGAUAAAGAACCAAAAAAGAAAGCCAAAAGUGCUCCAAAAAAGAAGAAAGAUUCUGGCACAGAUGACGAUGAUGAUGACGAUGAUGAGGACACCCCUAAGAAAAAAACUAAGAAAAAGACAACGAAGGACAGCUCUCCAUCAGCAAGUUCCGCCAAAGAGAAGAAAUCUAAGUCUAAAGAAGACAAAGAUUCUGAUGGAAAAGAAAAAAAGUCCAAGUCAAAAGAGAAGGAUAAGAAGAAGGAGCCAGCUUCAAUGUUCCAGAUAAAUGGAGAAAAAGACUCAAAAAGCAAGAAGAAAGCUGCCAAAUCAGACAGUGACGACAGCGAGGAAGAGACAAAGUCGACCAAAUCAAAGAAGAAAUCCACCGCUGGCUCUGCGUCCAUGUUCCAAGCAUCAGGAGACAAGGACAAAGACAAGAAGACAAAGAAGAAAGGAAAGGCAGAAGAGAGUGAUGGUUCUGAUUCCGAAAAAGAAGAAAAAUCAAAGAAGAAAAAGGGCAAAGGGAAGAAAAAAAAGGAGAGAUCUCCAUCGCCUGAGAUUGAGUUUGACUGCUUGGAGAAGUUUGUGAUGCAGCCAGCUUCGCAGGGCGUGACCAUCAAAUGCAGAGUGACUCGAGACCAGAGAGGGAUGGAUAAGAGCCUCUACCCUCUGUAUUACCUUCAUCUAGACAAUGAAAAAAAGACAUUCCUGUUGGCUGGGAGGAAAAGAAAGAAAAGUGCAACUUCAAAUUACCUCAUCUCCACUGAUGCCACAGAUUUAUCAAGAGGUGGAGAGAAUUUUGUUGGAAAGCUGAGGUCAAACUUAAUGGGGACUAAGUUCACAGUGUUUGACAAUGCUCUGAAUCCAGAAAGAGCUCUUCCAGACAUGUCUAACGCACGGCAGGAGUUAGCAGGCAUCAUCUAUGAAACAAAUGUCUUAGGAAUGAAAGGGCCCAGAAGGAUGACAGUCAUCAUUCCAGGGAUGAGCAAGGACAACGAGCGAGUGCCACUCCGACCAAGAAAUGAAUGUGACGGCUUGUUGAUAAGAUACCAGAAUAGAAGGAUGGAAAAUCUCAUCGAGCUUCACAACAAGACGCCAGUGUGGAACGAAGACACAGCGUCUCAUGUGCUCAACUUCAACGGCAGAGUCACCCAGGCCUCCAUCAAGAACUUCCAGAUAGUCCAUAACAAAGACUUGGACUACAUUGUGAUGCAGUUUGGACGGAUAGCGGAUGACAUUUUCACACUGGACUUCAACUACCCGCUGUGUGCCGUGCAGGCCUUUGCCAUCGCGCUCUCCAGCUUUGAUGGCAAAAUUGCCUGUGAGUAACAGAAAGAUCCCCAGUCGCCUACGCACACUGAAACCAGGGUGCAACACGCCCACGCUCACAUCAGACCAACCCAUGUCUUGGGACUCGCCUCCAACACUUCCUGCAAUAGGCGCAGAUAACAAAUGACGGUUCCUUGAAUGUGGCAAUGCCUGCUGCCUAUAUGAGCAUGCGAUUCCCUCCAGGAGUAAGUUGCAAAACUGAUCUUGUAUUAACAUCUGAUGUGGCACAGAAUGGCACUGUACUUAAGUGGAAAUGUCUGAAUUUCUACGGGUCACACCGCUUCAAAGGACUCCAGUGACCGGAGAGCUAUGGCUUUUUUGAGGAGGUGACGGCGCACCUCGAUGAUGAAGGUGUUUAAAGAUCACUAACAUCAUCAAAAGAUGUUAAACUGUGUUAAUGUUUUUGGCUUUGUUGUGCUGUAUUGUGUUGAAUCGCUGUACUGGGCUGUAUUUAAAAUACCAAUAGGUCACUAAUGUCUUGUGUCAGAUGUGACUUUGAAAAUCAAACACACCAAAAAAAAAAUUGAUCAUAAUGAGAAGAUCUAGUUUCUUUAAGGCAAAAAUCUAAUUUUAAUUUGAAGAGUUACACUUUGUGAGAUAUCAACUCAUAGCAUUACAAGAAUAAAAUUACUUUUAUUUGAAGCUUCCACAACAGGCUUUCUGUAUUGUGGUGACCAGUUCUAGAUAUCAGGUAUUGUUAAAGAAACAUAUGUAUAACACAAUGGAAUAGCAGCAUCGUAGUGUAGUGUUAAUGAUGUCAAUGUGUAAUGCUUUACAAAAUAUUCAGUCAGACUUAGCUCUUUACUCUGGAGAUUCCUCUUGUCUACUUUCUGAUGAUUCAGUCCAAUUUGAGCUUCUGUAGAUUUUUAUAUUUAUGUGUUUUUUGGUUCCAGUAUUUUGUAAAAUUCAUUUAUUUUUCCGAACACUGCCUUUGUUGCAUUUCUAGGCUUAUUG